UGAUAGGAAUGGGCCUAUGGUAGAUAAUAAUAAUAAGUGGGCCUAUUAUUUUAGAUAAAAAAUGGGCUUGUACUAUAAAGAGUAAGGAAGGGGGGAGGGAAAAGGUAGGCAGAUUUUAGAAUUGGGAAUUUGGUUCUGGAGAGAUGAGGCCUCUCGAAGUGCCCGCUUCUGUAUACACGAAUCACUUCAAUACAGUUUCUUGACAUCUUCUUUAUCAAUUCUUCCCGAUUUUCUAUAAUUCUUAGUGUGUUCUAUCAUUGGUAUCAGAGCGUCUUUUCUGGUGACCUGAUUUCUUGUUGAAAUCGAGAAUUUUUUUUUGGGUUCUUACGGUGAAUGGUGCGUACCAGAGCAAAAAUGGAACAAAGGAUGGAGGCGAUGGAGCGGACUCAUGUUAUGAUGGAGCGUAAUCAUGAUAUGAUUGUAGCGAUGACCAGACAGCUAGGUGCGAUAAUAGGAAAGAUGGAUGCGAUGAUCGAGGAAACCCGUGAGAGUAGGAGGUCGCGAUCUCAUCAUCUUCACCAAUCACGAACUGUUUCUUCGGGUUCGAAAAGUUCGCAGAAAUCUCGAACUGUUUCUUCUGGUUCGCAGGAGUCGCGAACUAUGGCGCACUCGCGAAAGGAUUUGCGCGGUUCCCGACCGCCAUCGCAAAAAGAUUCUCAACGUUCGUCGAAGCUAGAGGUUCCUUACAGUACGUCGCUAGCCGCGUCUCAAAGUGCGACUUCAUCAGCAGUUUCUCAGUCGCAAACUGCUCCUCUCAGUUCGCAAGCUUCACGAUCGGUUUCAAGUUCUAAAUUUUCCUCGCGAAGUGCUUAUGCCCAACCCUCCUCAUCGCAAACUUUGUUUUCACAUUCGCAGGCGCAAUCGCGAACUGUUCCUCUCAGUUCGCAGGGGUCUGGUUUUCUUCUGCAGGCGUCUUCAUCUAUUCUCUGUUCGCAUCAGAGUUUUCAAUCGAGAGAAGACUAUUCGUGUUUGCAAGUUUUAUCGCAAACCAUCUCUAAAUCUGUGAAAGUUUAUCCCCAGUUGAUGAAGAAUAAAGAGUUGAAGACAGCUGAAUAUGUAAUCAAGAAACCUACUGGAGACAAAAACGAGGAGCUAAUUACAGUUGCAGGAGGACCUGAAGCUACUGCAAUUGCUGAACUACUCAGUCAUGCACAGGUAUCACCUAUUUCAGAAGCCAUAUCACUAGACGUUACCCGAAAAAGAAUUUCAGAGGGCUCAAAGCUGGAAAGAAAUGUUGAGUCAAAGCCAUUUGCACCUUCAGUUCAACAAGUGAAGAUGAAGCAAGAAAUUCUGAGAGCAGAAAACAUUGAGUCAUCAAAUAACCUUGAACCUCGACGAGUUCAUAAACUGGAUUUGGGUGUUCAAAUAGAUAUGCUGCAUCAUCCUUCAUCAAAGGGAAGGUUGGAAGGGAUGAAGCAGAUUGAGGAUUUAAAAAUUAAGGGUGUGAAUUCUAUGAAAUAUAUCCGAAUGAGAUUGGGAAUAGGAUUGGCUGGGAAUGAUAAGAAAAAUGGUAAGGAAAUGCCAGUAGUUUAUAUAUUUGUUCCAUAUGAGGGUGUAGUCUGUGACUAUCAGUUUCAUAUGGUAUGUUCUGACAGAGGAAUGAAGGCUACAGAUAACCAGAAAUAUGAUACAUCGGGUGUGUUAGCCGUUGAUCUGCUAACUACAAUUCAUAAAGCUUCAGCAGGAACUGCUAUUCCUUGGCAGUCCAAUUUAAUAGCUACUGCUGCAUUUAGGAAGCCAUGGAAGGAUUGGAUGUAUGUGAAAAAGGAGGGUGUACAAGCGGGAUCAGUUCAGAAGGAUGCUAGUGGAAGGUUAUGGUGGAAGAAUGAAUUUGAUUGGACCACUAAGUGCUGGACUUCAGGGAUGACCGGUUGCAAGAGGCUUACAGAUAAUCCACCUCAGUUUGCAGCAGGUUCUGCACCAUUCAUGUUAUUGUUUGCACCUAUCAAUUCUGGAUUACAGGAUUCGUAUGGGAAAGCUUCCUUUAAUAACUCUGAAGUUGAAUCUGCCAUAGUUGUUGAUCAGUUAAGCGAUGCUCAUGCUGUUAUUAUCGGUUCCAAGAAAUACUGCAUGUCAGAUACUACAACUUCAAGGACUGGAGCCACUGAAAUCCAAGAGCUUGAGUUAUAUCAAGAGGUAAGACUUGUUAAAAAUUGGAAGAUGGAGCAGUUGGUGAUUGGGCAGAUUGAUAAAAUUCCAUUCCAUCAUGAACAAAGCCACCUGACUGGUACAGAUGCUCGGAAAAUAGGAGAUCUGUUGAGGCUUUUGCUAGAAGAAGUAAGGAGGAAGACUCAAGUAUGGAAGAUCUUAGUCCAGAAAUCAGUCAAGUACUGGGAGGGGAGAAGUGCAAGAAUGAAGUGCAAGUGGAAGAUCAAGGCUGACUCCUAUCACCCACCUUGAGGGCAAGGUGGUUAUUCAGGGGGGAGUAAUGAUAGGAAUGGGCCUAUGGUAGAUAAUAAUAAUAAGUGGGCCUAUUAUUUUAGAUAAAAAAUGGGCUUGUACUAUAAAGAGUAAGGAAGGGGGGAGGGAAAAGGUAGGCAGAUUUUAGAAUUGGGAAUUUGGUUCUGGAGAGAUGAGGCCUCUCGAAGUGCCCGCUUCUGUAUACACGAAUCACUUCAAUACAGUUUCUUGACAUCUUCUUUAUCAA